GUAGAUUCGAAGACCGGGCGGGGCCGGCGGCCGAGGCUGUGGUGGCGGUGGCGGUGGCUUCGGCGUGGGGCGCGAGGCGGCGACGGCCACGCUCGGGCUCGGUACCCGCGGCUCCCGGUGGCGCCAUGGACGAGGCCGUGGGCGACCUGAAGCAAGCGCUGCCCUGCGUGGCCGACGGGCCGACGGUCCACGUGGAGGUGCUCCAGCGGGGUGGCAGUACUGCAAAAAAGGAAGACAUAAAGCUGAAUGUUAAGAAGCUGCUCAACAGACACAAUAUUGUGUUUGGUGAUUACACAUGGACUGAGUUCGAUGAACCUUUUCUGACAAGAAAUGUGCAGUCCGUGUCUGUUGUUGACACAGAAUUAAAGGUUAAAGACCCACAGCCUAUUGAUCUGAGUGUAUGCACUGUUGCACUGCACGUCUUCCAGCUAAAUGAAGAUGGCCCCAGCAGUGAGAAUUUGGAGGAGGAGACGGAGAACAUAAUUGCAGCAAAUCACUGGGUUCUGCCUGCAGCUGAAUUCCAUGGGCUUUGGGACAGCCUCGUGUAUGAUGUGCACGUCAAGUCACACCUCCUUGAUUAUGUGAUGACAACCUUACUGUUUACAGACAGGAAUGUCAACAGUAACCUCAUCACCUGGAACCGGGUAGUGCUGCUACAUGGUCCUCCAGGAACAGGAAAAACGUCCCUGUGUAAAGCAUUAGCCCAGAAACUGACCAUUAGGCUUUCCAGCAGGUACCGGUAUGGCCAAUUAAUAGAAAUAAACAGCCACAGUCUCUUUUCUAAGUGGUUUUCAGAGAGUGGCAAGCUGGUGACUAAGAUGUUCCAGAAGAUUCAGGAUUUGAUUGAUGAUAAAGAUGCUCUGGUAUUUGUGCUGAUUGAUGAGGUGGAAAGUCUCACGGCUGCCCGAAGUGCCUGUAGGGCAGGUGCCGAACCGUCAGAUGCCAUCCGCGUGGUCAAUGCCGUCCUUACCCAGAUCGAUCAGAUUAAAAGGCAUUCCAAUGUCGUGAUUCUGACUACUUCCAACAUCACUGAGAAGAUAGAUGUGGCUUUUGUGGAUAGGGCUGACAUCAAGCAGUAUAUCGGGCCACCCUCCAUGGCAGCCAUUUUCAAAAUCUACCUCUCAUGCUUGGAGGAACUGAUGAAGUGUCAGAUCAUAUACCCUCGCCAGCAGCUGCUCACCCUCCGGGAGCUAGAGAUGAUCGGCUUCAUUGAAAACAACGUGUCGAAGUUGAGCCUCCUUCUGAGUGAAAUUUCAAGGAAGAGCGAGGGCCUCAGUGGCCGGGUCCUGAGGAAGCUCCCUUUCCUGGCUCAUGCACUGUAUGUCCAGGCCCCUACUGUCACCAUAGAGGGGUUUCUCCAGGCCCUGUCUCUGGCAGUGGACAAGCAGUUUGAAGAGAGAGAGAAGCUCACAGCUUACAUUUGACAAUAGACUUCCCCAACGGGGAGUUCCUACGGAGACCCAUGGCCUGCAGCCCCCACUCAGCAAGCCAGGAGGCCAUGCUUCGUUAAAAGAAGUAUGUUGUAUUUAUGUUAUUUUAAAGUGUGUUAGAAGACAAAUUAUAAAAAAGAUGUGUCACUUGUAUUAUUUUUAAAGGAUAAUUCAGAUUCUGCUUGUCAAUUUGUAAAGAAUUAUCUUAAACAUGUUCAUUCCCGUCCUUCCCCCAGUUGGAUACAAUGCUAACUUUGUUUUUAAAAAGGUAACAUUAAUGUUUAUAUUGUAGAAACAAAGGAGAAACUAUCAGCCUAAAUAAGCUGCAAUCACAGUGUUAAAAAGUGUUCACAGCACUCCACUAGAAGGCAGCCCUUGCUUUCUGAUGUCAGCUUGUUUGAUUUAAUGCAAAAAGGUUUUGGAAACUAUUCAAUAGACAAGAAAACCCUAUUCCUAUGUCAUAGAAACAGAAAAACAUUUAGACGAAGUGUUCUCUUACAUUACCAAUCAGACAUGGUAUCUGCUGUGGGGCGAACGUGUGUUCAUGUGAGUUGUUCUGACCCCUGUGUCCAACACAGGCAUCUCUCAGAAACUUCUGUCCGUGGUUUUGCUUGAUCAGUGAUGUUAUUCAUGUCUCAAAUGAGGAUUUACAUUAAUAGAGCAUAAAAUAAAUGAGUCAAUAAUUGACAUAUUUCACAGAAUAUUAAGGUUUGAUCUCAUACCAAAAUAAAUUUUAUAUUAGUGCUUUGUACAUGAAGUUCACUUACCUUUUGUUAUAGAACAUUUUAAAUAUUAAAAUUUUAAAGGAAUUUUCUCUUGUUUGAUUCUAAGUAUCUCUCCUAAAUGUCUUGAAUUUUAUUAAAAGGUAGUCAUUGUAUAUUGGUAUCGCUAGAAAAAAAUAAAAAGAG